AUGAAGACUUGCUACUAUGAACUACUUGGGGUGGAGACGAAUGCCACAGAUGUUGAGUUGAAGAAGGCGUACCGCAGAAAGGCGCUGCAGUUCCACCCGGAUAAGAACCCAGAUAAUGUUGAGGAGACGACAGCGAUUUUCGCGUCCGUGAGGGCCGCGUACGAAGUCUUGGCAGACCCACAGGAGAGAGCGUGGUAUGACGACCAUAAGGAACAAAUUCUGAACGAUUCCGUUAAUCUGGAUGACGCGGACGAUGAAUCACAUUUGGAUUCAUCCAUCACGGGGGUCACAAGCGAUGAGUUACUGAUGUUUUUCAACAGCUCUCUGUACACGAAUUUUGGUAACAGUCCCUCGGGGGUGUACCAGAUUAUCGGGAAAAUCUUCGCGAAGUUGGCGAUGGAUGAGGUCUACUGGGCGCGUAGGUUACGAUUGGAUGGUUGUGACAAGUUUAAAGACGACGUUUUCGAGCAUAUCAUCAAUACAAAUGGAUACAUGGCCGCCGUCACGAAUAGACUUGCAGAGACGUACUACAUGUUUCCGGCAUUUGGCCACUCCCAAACGGACUACGAGUACUUGAAGGAGUUUUACAAGAAAUGGUCCUCAUUUAGUACGCUGAAGAGCUUUACGUGGAAGGACGAGUAUAUGUACAUGUCGACGUACGAUAGGAGAACGAAGAGAGAGGUAAAUAAAAGAAACGAGAAGUCGAGAAACGCUGCUAGAGGCGAGUACAACAAGACAGUGAAAAGAUUCGUAUCUUUCGUGAAGAAGUUAGACAAGCGAAUGAAGGCAGGGGCACAAAGACAAGAGAAUGAAAGAAAAAUGCAGAAGGAAGCGGCUAAAAAUGGUAAUGAUAAAAAACAGCGUGCCAGUGGCCAUACCCCAAGUAAUACACAAACCGAUUUCGAAUGGCAGAGUUGGCAGAUGGCGGAUGAACCGAAUUGGGAUGAGUUGGAGAAGGAGUUUCAAGAGUCCAGUUUAGGUAAAGAGGAAGAUGAGCAUUUAAAAUCCACCGUGCUACCGAAUUCUACGAAUGAGGAUGAAAUCCUUGUCUAUGAAUGUGUUAUCUGCGAUAAGAUAUUUAAAUCAGUGAAACAACUGGACAACCACCAAAAUACGAAACUACACAGGAAGAACUUGGCCCUCUUGAAACGUGAAAUGCAAAAAGAUAACAUGACGUUGGGGUUAGAUGCACUGUCUGAUUUGGAUGAUUACGAUUCUGCUGACGAAACGCCGUCAAAAGAACAGACAACCAAUGGUGACAUACCCAAGGACAAUUGCAUAAGCCUCGAUGACCUGAAUGAGCAAUUAGCUGAGAUAGAACGGCAAUUAGCCGAACAAGCGUCCAGUAGCGAAGACGAGGAUGAUCAAGAACAUAAUUCUCUGCCCGAUGUAAUGGAUGGAAUAACUGAAAUGGUCGAUCCAGUUGACAAUGUGACCGGAUCAGAAACUACUGGAGCGAAAACCACGAAAUAUUCAACUGAAGGUGAUUCGGAUGUCAGCUCAGCAUCUGUGUCCGACAUCGAGAACCGAGAACCAGACGAGCUGGCCCGAUUAUUGGCUUCGCUAGAAAGUUUGGGACUGACGGAGGACGGGUUCACUCUAGACAGUGAUUCCGACGACGAUUGGAGAACAGGGUCCAAAGCCAAAAGGAAAAACGCCAAGAACACCAAAAAACAAAAUAACGGGGGUAAGAACGGGAAGAAAACGAAGGAGAAAGCUGGUUCCGAGCCCGCAAACACUGCGACGCAGCAAAGCUGCAGUGUUUGUAACGCUUCCUUCGUCAGCAGGAAUGAACUUUUCGCCCAUAUCACCGCGCUCGGGCACGCGGCACCCCCGGGCAAGGCGUCCAAGAAGAAGAACAAAAGAAAAAACAAGACGUGA